AUGGCCGCCUUUCUUCGACAAAAGCAGACAGGCCUGCAGAAUGACCUGUCUGCGUCCAUCCUUCCCGACCUCUUCGCUCCCGACUACCAAUCCGCAUAUGGCAUCAACUCGCAGGUUAGCUGCUUAGCCUACGAUCCGAUCCAGUCGCUUCUCGCAAUCGCGACCAACGAAUCCAAGUUCGGCCCCGGCAAAAUCUUUGUCUUCGGCCAAAGCAGAGUCCACAAGGUCAUCGAGCCGCCAAGGCGCACAUCCUUCCGCUCGCUCCACUUCGCCGCCAACCGACUUGUCUCUCUUGAUGCCAAGAACGAGCUGGGAGUAUGGGACCUUGACACCGCGAAGCGCAUCGCUGGCCUCGUCUGCCCUGGUCACGUUGCCUGCCUCAUUACGGACCCCAUGCUUGAUUGGGCCUUCCUGGGCCUGGCCACCGGAGAAGUCUUGGCGUAUGAUUUAGACAGGGAGAAUAUCACGAGGUCGUUCAGGCUACCAAACUUCUGGAAAGAGAGAGACCCCAACGCACGCAUCGUUGGGCUGGUGAGCAUUGCGCUGCACCCGAGGGACAUUGGGCAGAUGCUCAUUGCGUACACGACGGGCGCUGUUAUCUACUCGUUCAAGCAGAACAAACCAAUCAAGUUCUUCGAGUAUGUACUGCAACCCGGUGCACCCGGCGGAGGAGGCGAGGCGCCAGACACGGUCCGCCGGCCGAGACUUUCGCAUGCCCUGUGGCACCCAACGGGCACCUUUAUCAUGACGGCCCACGAUGACGGCAGUAUGGUGUUCUGGGACCCCAAGGAUGGCCGAAUAGUCAUGGCCAGAACUAUCAAUGAGUUGAAGGUCGACCAACCAUCGCCGAAUGCGGGCCACGGCGGCUAUACGGAGCCAUAUGGACGCAUCGCUUGGUGCUGCAAAGAGAAUCCGGAUGAUACUGGGUUGCUCAUCGCCGGGGGUCUCAGUCCCGAUGCUCCUCAAAAGGGACUUACCUUUAUCGAGCUUGGACAAACGCCCAUCUAUGCCACUUCGUCAUGGCAAGUCCUUCAGGAUCACUUGCAGGGCAAACGCCACAUCACCUUGCCGACACCGCCUGGUGCCCAAGUCGCUGAUUACCUGCUCAUCCCUCGUUCUUCGCCCUACUUCGCCGGCGCACAGGAUCCCAUUGCUGUCAUGACACUUCUCUCUUCCGGCGAGCUUCUGACCAUGAGCUUUCCUUCGGGAUACCCCAUUAGCCCGACGAACCAGCUGCAUCCAUCCAUCUCGUUUGUUCAUCCAUAUGUCAAUAGGUUUGCUGUGCAAACCCUUGACCGCGGACGUUGGCUGGGCAUGGUGGAAACCAGAAACCAGGGUGAGCCGCUUUUGAAGGGCGGUGCCGAGGCCGCGAAGCCAAAGCGUAGAUACGAGGGUCGUACCAUCUUCCAGAUAGCUCACGGCGACAGCACGGUGCGGUUGUGGGAUGCCGGCCAUGCCGAUGAAAUCGAGAACCCAACCAUGCUGCAGGUCGACGUUGCACGAGCGCUCGAUCGCUACGAGGAUAUCGAUAUUACUGCGAUGAAUCUGGCGCCCAACACGGGCGAAUUCGCGGUGGGAACUCGCACCGGUGAGGUGGUCCUCUAUAGAUGGGCCGGCAACAGAUUCUUCGGCAAAGACCACCACCAGGACCUUCCACCAAACCCAGGAUCUCUGACUGACAUCAGUUCGAGGGCGGAGCCUGGACUCAAGGAAGGCCUGCAGCCAUGGCAGCUGUACGAGAUGAUGCAGGGCCCCAUCUCAGCUAUUUGCGUCUCGGAUGUUGGUUUUGUGGGCAUUGGCUCGGAAGGUGGCUUUUUCACUGUCAUCGACCUGCGAGGCCCUUCGGUCAUCUUCCAAAUCUCCAUGACGGAGUUUGCCAAGCACGAGAAGAGAUCGUCCUUCUUGAAGGGAUCCCACGGCAACAACCAAGGAAAAGAGUGGCCGGUGGCUAUCGAAUUCAGCGUCAUGACACUUGAGGGCGAUAACUACUCUAGCAUCUGCUGUUUCGUGGGCACCAACCUUGGACGAGUUGCCACCUUCAAGCUGCUACCCUCUGGGAAUAGCUACACCGUCAAGCUUGCUGGUGCCCAGCAAUUCGACGGCAAGGUCGUGGCCCUUUGUCCCAUUCAGGCUGACACUGGCAAGCCUGCACUUGCCACAGGACCCAUUGUGGCGGGGCUUAGGAACGGACAACAGGUCCACGGUGUUCUGGUUGCUGUGACACAAACCGAGAUCCGAAUCUUCAAGCCUGCAAGCGCGAAGGGCGCAUCCAAGACUUUUGACGACAUGCUGUGCGACGCAGCUAAUGUCACGGAAUUUGAGCUUCACGGCGUCGCCAUAGUCGGCGUGUUUGGCGACCGGACCACCCGUGCCUUCUCCAUCCCUGGACUCAAAGAGAUUGGCAAGGCCCCGCUCCCCAUGCUCGACAGCAGCCGUAGCAUCUCGUCCGUAGUGACGCAGACCGGUGACAUAUUUGGCUGGACCGGCCCCAGCGAGAUUGCUGUCCUCUCUGUAUGGGGUACUGGCAAUGACCUUCCGGUCAGCGCGGAUGUUCUCAUCAACCCCGAACUUGUCACGCCGCCACGCCCUACGAUUUCAAAUAUCCAGUGGCUUUCGGGAACGCAGCAUGUGUCUCCAACUGACCUCGACCUUCUCAUCGACCCCAACCGUCCUCCCAGCAGGCGGAUGGUCGCAGCAGCAGCAGCAGAGGCGAGGGCCGCACGGGCAGGUGGGCAAGCGGGCCCAAGCAACGCCGGCGCUAGCGGCAGCAACGAGGGUUGGGGCGACUAUUUGACUAGGCAGCUCAACGAACGCACCGAGAGGCUUAACAUUAUGAGUGACAAUAUGGAUAACCUGCAGAACCAGAGCCAGGGAUGGGCAGAUGACGUUGGCAAGUUCAUCAACAAACAAAAGAGGAAUGUCGUGCUCGGCGGUCUCAAGAGCAAGUUCUUCUAG